GGCAGCUCGGGCACCUCAACAGAAAUCCACACCAUCAAACCCGUGUUGGAUUUUGAAGUUCGACCACGAUGUCGGGCCCAUCAUUUCCUUGGUUCAAGAUGAUUCUGGUCGUCAGUGGAUUCACGUCUCUGGGCUAUCUAACCAUGAAAGCUACCACACCGACGCCGGAACAGCUCUAUAACGAAAUGUCCCCUGACCUCAGAAAGAAAGUAGAUAUCAUUCGUGAGGCACGGCUGGCCGCAGAAGCUGCUUCACGACAACAAGCGAAGGCACAGUUGAACGACCCGGAUGCACAGAAACCUAUAUGGGCAGACCGACCGUCGUAGCAGCACGGCUUGGCCGACUCUUUCUGUCAAUUCUUUCGCUGCAUCUUUGCUCAGUGUACAUCAGCCAAUCGUAAUACACGGAUCGAAGUUCUCUGUUCGCGCAUGGCAGUCAACCUUCCUCACUACACUGUUUUCACGUUUCGAUGCAAACACAAAGC